AGUAAACCUUGCCUAUCUAUUUACAUAACUGGAAAUAGUGCACUACCAUAUCUAGAUGCUAUAAACAUCGGCUAAAAAAUAACUUUCUCGCCUUACUUACAAUUUGCAGUUGUAGAAAAACAGUUGAAAUAUUACGUUUUCAAAUACAUAUCUACAUAUAUAAUAUAUGAAUAGCCGGAUAAUAAUUACAAACUAAAAACAAGAAAAGUACAAAAACAAAAACGAAAACACAAUGACAUCAACGUCAACGAUUAAAAAAUUUACAAUCGUAUUUGGCUUCAUAUGCUCGCUGCUUGCCUUGGUGCUAAUCGCGUUCGGCAUUUAUGUGCUCUCCUCCUACAGAGUCAAUGAAGUCGGUUCUUUGGCCGCCUAUGCCUACAUUUGUUUAGGUGUUGCCACAAUACUUGUAUCUUUGCUGGGAUUCGUUGGUGCGGCCAGGGAAAGCGUUUGCUGUACAAUUACAGUAUGUACGCCGGAAUGCCUAAAUUUUAUCACUUUUCUUUUGAUUUUGUUGAUCUGCCAAAUCGCAAUCACUUUCCUUUUGGUGAAAGGUGAACAAACAGUAGCAUCACAUCUCUCGAAUAAUUUGGAUGUGGCUUGGGAAGAAGAACUGAACAGCCCUGGAGCGAUGUCUCUGUAUGAGACUUGGCUCGGUUGUUGCGGUCGGGCCAGCCCACACGAUUAUAUAGUCAAUGAUCGCAUGCCGCCAAUGACGUGCUUCAAGAAUGGCGAUAAUACGAAGAGUGAAAAUCUGAUCGGCACCGGCUGUCGCAUAAUGUUUGAGAACUACUGGCUGAGCUUGUUGCGUGCCUUCAAUGUAAUCGCUUGUGUGAUGAUUGGCUUGGAGUUAUUGGUUAGCGUGAUCUCGUGCUGCCUGUGCACUAGCAUACGCAAUGAUCACCGGCGCUCCUAUUAUUAACCUGAUGAAGCGCCCAGUGUUGCCCAGCGUUACUGUUUAUACGUAGAUGCUUGUUACUCUUCUAUUAUUAUACAAUAAUAUGGGAAUAAUUUUGAAAUCGAUGUCAGCUAAGUUGGUAAUCUUUAUUUUACCGACUCUUUUCGAAAAUCUUUGCAGCCAAAAAGUAAAAAAUUAUAUACAUAUAGUAUAUGCUAACGAAUUUUUUGUACAGCACACAAAAAGAAUAUACGAACAAUAGUUAAUAAGCCUAAUUAUUUAUAUAAUUUAUUUAUAUAAGUUGUUUACUAUUUAAGCAGUUGAAUGAAAACUUUUUUCUUCUUGUAUAUUUCGCUCUAACUAACUGUGAAUAUGAAUUUGUCAAUUCGUUAUUUAUAUUAAAAAUCAUAUUAAAAUUACACAACAAAUCGCUAUGAAACGCAUAAAGCGAAAAACGAAUCUUGCUGCAGCUAGAAUUUAUUACAUAAUAUUGGGUGGUCGAAAAAGUCUUUUCGUAUUUUGCCAAUGUCGUUGAAGUCGCAUAUUUGUCAAAAACAAAUUAUACCGCUAUAAAAGUGAAAUUAAUUUUAACCUAAAAAGUCAAAUGAAUGUUAACUCAAAAACAUGCUUUGAGCGUAAAAAAAAAUUAUGAAAAUAUUUUUAUGUUUAAGCGCACUCAUACAUACAUACAUACAUAUGUAAGUACAUAUAUGAAACAAAAUUGCUGCUAAUUUAUUUUACUUUUACGAAUUAUCGCAUAAAUCCUUCGCUUAUGUGUUUAACACACACCUUUAUGUAUAAAUAAAUUGUACAAAUGUAUGAAAUAGUUUUCUUAUUGGCUUUUUGUAUGCAGAAUUUGCAAAUCUGCUUGAAAUUAAUAGAAUCUGGCAUUUUCGGAACGCGCAGCAAACAACACGUUUAGGCGCACGGUGGUACCAGCUUGACUAAAAUAGGAAAAAUAUGAUUUCGAAUGCAAGAACAAAUAAUAAAUAAUUUUACAUAUGACGCCAGUAACGCAAAAUUUAUUUCAGAUAAAUUUAAUAAAAAUUAUGCAUUAAAUAAAGUAUGAAAAAAAAAAUUUAAAAGUUGGCACUCAUUUUAUGCAAAAAGUAUUUUGAAAGAGAUGAAAAAAUUUCUGUCAUAGUGAGUAUUUAAUUUUCAGUAUUUUCAGAUUUUAUAAAAUUUAUUUAUAAAAAUUUUUAAACUUUUUUUAAUUUUUUUAGUUCGAAAUAAUUUUUAAAUUUUUUUUAACAUUUUUUAUUUCGAAAAAUUUUUUUAUUUCUUUUUAACAUUUUUAGAUGGAAAUACUUUUUUUUAAUUUUUUUUUUUAAUUUUUUAGAUCGAAUUUUUUUAUACAUAUUUUUGAGUUUUUUAUUCGUAUAUUUGGAAUUGGCAUUUUUAAUAUUUUCGUACAAUAAUUUUUUUGUAUAGUAUGAGUAAGCUUCUUGAUGGUGUGACGCGAGUUUAUGGCACAAAUUUAAUUUUAAAUUUUUAUUAAUUAUAAAUUUUAAUUAAUAUAUAUUAAUUAAUGUUAAAUUAAUGUUAGAGGCCGCUUCUUACUAAUUUGGGCUGCUUAAACCGAAAAUGAUAGUAAAAAUUUUCUAACACGUUGUAUGUUUGAAAUGUUCUGGCCAGGAGGUAUACGGGUAAAAUCAUUUACCAAAAUGACAAAAAUCGCUGUACAUGAUGGAAACUUUUUGAACUUAAAUUCGCACUCAGGACACCUCAAAUACCCCACAGACCUCUUAGCACAUCAGUUGCAAAUCUUUCCUUCAGAUUUGUUGCGUAGUGUUAUCAAUGUGCAGCUAUGCUUAAUUUAGUAUGUCCUAUAAAUACUCUUUCUUGUUGUACUUAGUAAUGUAAAAAAUAUAUAAAUAAUUUUUUGAACUUACCAGUUGAAUUUUGAAAUACUUAAAUAUUUUUAUUUUUUAUUACUGAAUUUUAUUGUCCUAUUUUUUUUUAAUUUUUAAUUAUUUAUAAGAUUUUGGCGUACAAAAAAUUUUAAUUUUUUUUAUUUUUACUAAAAUACUUCGACGUUUUUUAUAUUUAAGUGUGACAGCCUAAAACAAGCAAUUUUUAAGAGUUAAAAAAAAACUGCAUCAAUUGUUUAAAAAUUGCAAAAAAAAAAAUUAACAAAAAAUAAAAAAAAAUUUAAGGUGAUGUUCAUACAUAUUUUAAGAAUACAUAGUAAUUUUUUUAAAGAAAAAAUUAAGUAUUUUUCGAGUAACACGCGAUGUAUGAAGGCGCUGUAGAAGGCCAUUAACUACACAACGACUUAAAAAUCAGAAAUUGGUCUGCCAAAAUUAAAUUUUUAUCACAUCGAUAAUGAAAAUUACUACGAAACAUUUCGUGGUCAUCGUGUGACCGCAGAUCACAUGUUGCCUCCCUGCAAUCACUCAUGCAAAUUUUUUAAAAAUGUAGUUUUGAGAAAAGCCAAUUAAAGAUAAACUGAUGGAGCUGAUUCAGCCAAGGCGUUAAACUUUAAAAGGUUGUAACUCAAAAAUAAUAUUUUCAAAAUUUUAGAAUACUAUUUUUAAAGUUUUUUUUUUUAAUUUCACACAAGGUGCGUAGCUCAAUAUGAGAAAUGGAAACCUUGAAAACUAAUUUAGCACGAAAAAUAUUUUUUUCCCAUUUUCUUCAGAACGUAAGUGCCAAAUGUAGUAAAGUAAAUUUUGAUAUACAAUUCUUAUUUUAUGCAAUUUUAGUCAAAUUUUAAAGUUGCGUAACCACUGUGCGGCUGAAUGAAAACCAAUGAAUAUCGAUAUAAUCGAUAGAUGAUAUGCAAUGUAUAUGUUAUUUGUAUGUGUUUGAGGUUAUGGAAGUAAAGAUUAUACGAAAAAAGUUUAGUUUAAUUUUUUUAAAUUCCAUAACCUCAAACCAACAACAAAUAAAAUAUACAUUGCAUAUCAUGCAAGCAUUUAAAAAAUAUGUUUGGAAAAUUUUUACUACUGUGUGCUUUAUUUUAUUCAUUCGAAAAAUAUCGGUUCAUAUAUGUAUGACUAUAAGCGUACUACAUAUACCUACAAAGUUAACAAAUACGCAAACGCAUUUAGUGCCUCUGAAGUGCCUCAGCUGGAUACAAUAUUUCCUUAUCGUCACUGAAGUAAACUUGGAAAUUGUUAAAAAAGUAUGCAAAACGCUAUAUAGGAGGUGUCUCAUGUUGCUAAAUAUAAAUACGAAUAAAUAUGCUGGCGUUCAGAAAUAAUAGAAAAUAUAUUGUAAAAGCACAAACUGUUGUGAUUAUGUAAUGAGUAAUAUUAUAUAAGAUAUAUUUAUAUAUGUCUGCUAAAAUGUUUAUAUGAAUGUGUUUGUAUCUAUAUAUAACUCAACGAUUUGCUAAAACCUUUUAUGAAAACUACCAAUGCAUUUAAUUGUAACGAAAAAAAUAAAUUAUUAAGAAAAAAAACUAAACAUACAAUGUGAGAAUUUUUUUUGAAACAAAUUGGAAAGUUACUCAAAUCUUAUAAAAAAAAAAGAAAAAAAUAAUUUUGAGGUUAUAAAUUUUAUUGAAGUAAAAAGGAUUAAAAAUUAUAAAAUACAAACUUUAUAAAACAAAUUUUAACAAUUUCUUUUAACGAAGAUACCUAUUUAUAAUAAUAUAUAAUAUAUACAUAUAUAUAUAUAUGUAUAUAAUAUAAAAAAAAAUAAUAUAUUAAAAAAAAACUUAAAAAAUAAGCUGAAUUGUUGAACAUUUACUGCUUCAAUAUAAUAACAGGUCAAUUGACCAUAGUCCGGCCUACACAUUUCCACAAGCCUAUUCAUGAAGUUUUGCCAUCGUCUUCACUGACUUUUGACACGGUACCUUAUCUUGGUGAAACGGCUCUCUCUUUGUUCUCGAGUGCAGUUUUUCGUUUUCAAAAGCUAUGUAAUAUUCAUUGGUGGUCCUUCUUUUCGCAAAGUAGUCAAUAAAAAUUAUUCCAUGCGCAUCCCAAAAAACAGACGUCAUAACCUUGACAGCCGACUGUUGCGUUUUUCCACGCUUUGGAGCGGGUUCAUCGUGUGCUGUCUAUUCGGAUGACUCUCAAUUAGACUAAAGAGUGAAAUAAUGCAGCCAUGUUUCAGCCAUUGUCACAAAUCGACGAGAAAACUUUGGUUUAUUACGCUUGAACAUCUCCAAACACUGCUCCGGAUCAUCAAUUCCUCGUUCUUUUUGGUCAAAAGUGAGCUCGCGUGGCACUCACUUUGCACAGAGCUUUAUCAUACCCGAAUAUUCCUGAAUGUUAUGAAAUAAAUAUAUUUUGAGUGUCUUUUGGGCACCCAUUGCGUUCACCGUCUCAUCACGUUUAAAGUUAACUAAAACUCAUAUGGAUUUGAUACUCGUAACACCAUCCAAGUGCCAGGCCGGCGAUUUUUCAAUUGACCUUUUAUAAUCACUGUCAAAACCAAACUGAAAUAAAAAUAAAAAAGAAAAAUUGACAAAGUAAAUUGAUUUUAAUUAUUUUAGCUGCAACUCACAUUCAACAGACGAACUUUGAAUGCCAAAUAUUGUUUCAAACAAAAUCGCCAAUGCUUGGAACUAAUUAAACGAUGCUAAACAUAUAAUUAUAUAGAACAUUGUGUGUAAAAUUAUUGCAUUGCGUUGCAGUUUAAAGAAGUUGGUUAAUCGUUGGUAAAAGUCGGAGGCAAUCUCAUGAUAUGUUCUGAGAGUCUAAAGGUCCACACAAAAGAUCUGUUGUUUGACUAGUGAGUAAAACCGGAGUUGGACAUUUUACCACAUAUAAUCUAUAUAUAAUAAAGUAAAGUUCCAAAAGAGUUAUAAACUUCAUAUGCUGUUGUAAAAAUCUUUAAUGAAUAGAUGUGCCUUGAAACUACGACAUGACAUUAAUCCGCACUGCAUUAAAGUGUGAAGAGACCAUUGGAAAUAUAUAAAUAUAUAUGAAUUAUAUGAAUAUAUUGGACAGGAAUAAUGACAAAACUAUGACACAAAUCCACUCGUUUUAUAAAACAUUCUGCAUUAUAUUACAAAUACUGGAAGUAAUAUCUUUUCGUUCUGCUCUCUAAUAUUGGCGUUUGGAGGAAUAAAUGCUAACCUUUCGAACCUGAAAAAAGUGUAAACAUAGUUGUUUCCACUCAAACAGACCUUUAUCAUACACAUACUCGUAUUGUAAGUGUUAAGCAGAGAAAGGGCGAAACGAACACGCAAUUGAUUUUCUGUUUAAAGCAGAGAAGCUCUACGGUGCCCUCUAGUUUAUGAAUAUGUUCAAAUGAGUAUUUUUUGACGACGAGCUUUGAAUGCAAAAAAAUUGAAUUGAAGAAAUCUGCAAGGUUUACUCAGAUUUUGUUUUUUAUAGUUUAACUGUUAAGAUUACGGUACUCUAAGCUUAUAAAUCAAGCAGUCAUAAAAGAAUAAAAGCUUGAUUACUAAUUUUGUAACAACAACUCAAUUUUAUACAACAACAACAAUAGUGAUUAGUAUAUAUAUAUAUGUGGAUAUUGCUUAUCGACAUUAAAUUUAGAAUAUUACUGUGAAUUUGCCAAACUGUAUUAUUAUAUGCAUUUGUAUUUAUGAGCUUUCGACAGACUUUCGAAAUUAUAAUUCGCACAAAAUUGAAAUUAAGUUUUAUAAAAUAAUCGAAUUGUUGCCGAAUUGUUGACAGAAUAGAAGAACUACACAAAUACAACUUUACAUAUAUACUCAAAUAAAUACAAAAAAUAAACAAUAUUAAUACAAAA